AUGUUAUUGCAAUCCAUCAGUCGUGAAAGCCAACCAGAUCUUGCAUUGGAUGUUGUAAAAGAUAAGAUCCAAGAGGAAAUUAGUGGGAGAAGGUUCCUGUUUGUUUUGGAUGAUGUUUGGGAGGAAAACGUUGAAAGUUGGGAAGCUUUAGGAAAAUAUUUGAAGGUUGGUGGCUCUGGGAGCAGAGUGUUGGUGACCACUCGGUCAAAAGAAGUGGCUGAGAUCAGUAGCAGAAUUUUGAAACUGGGAACAAGAAGUAGUAUGAUGGAGUCCCCCUAUUUCCUGGAAGGUUUGUCACUUGAUGAAUCAUGGAGUUUGAUGGUGGAAAAGGCCCUUCAUGGAAAAGUGCCUCAAAACCCGAAUGUAGAAAGAACUGGGAAAGAGAUACUAAGGAAAUGUUGUGGAGUGCCCCUUGCUGUAAGUACAAUAGCUGGUCUAUUACGUUCCAAAGAUCCGGAGACUGAAUGGUCAUUGUUUUCAGAGAAUGAUUUGACGAGCAUUUCUGAAGAAAAGAAUCUUACCAUGUCAACCCUCCGACUAAGUUUCAAUCAUCUUCCUUCUCAUCUGAAACGUUGCUUUACUUAUUGCAAGUUGUUUCCAAAGGGCUGUAAACUGUAUGUUCAACCUUUAGUACAACUUUGGAUAGCACAAGGAUAUAUCAAAUCGGGAGAUGAAGGUUCAGAAGAAAUGGGUUUGCAUUGUUUCAAAAUGUUAUGGUGGAGGUCGUUUUUCCAGGAGGUGAAGAUGGAUAAGUUGGGCAAUAUAGAAACUUGCAAGAUACACGAUUUGGUUCAUGAUUUAGCCUCGUCAUCCGCUACUUCAGAUUUUUGCGGGUGUUGGUAA